CUAAGGCUUGGUAUAGUUUUUAGCCAAAAAAAACUACAAAAGAAGGAUAGCAGAUGUGUCUCACUGCCAACAACAGUCGUGUCCUGAAGAUCUAGAACUCUAGCAUCCACCUACUUAACACAACACUUUUGAAAAUGUCUGCUGAUGAUUUAGGGGUAUCGACCCCCCCUAUAUCAGACUAUGGGCUGAUCAGUGAAGAGGAAAGGGCGGCCCUGGGGAGGGUGAAGCUGGAAGAGGACAUUUCCGAUGAGACGAUUGGCUGCUCAACCGCCACUCCCCUGAUAGUUGAAGCUAAGAAAAUGAAGUCGUUCUUCGGUCCACCAAUACCGAAACAUAGAGACGGCAUGGGGGCGUACGUGGUACCCGUCGACGGCAAGCCACUGACCAUACUGGAUAUGCCAACACCCGGACCUGCUGACUAUCACGGAGACUAUGCCGUUGUGCUUAAGAAAUUUCCCGUGUUUUCUUUGGGUGAAAAGCCACCGGAGCCGAAAAAAAAGAAGGGGGUGCCAGGACCUAACAGGUACAACACAACAGGUGACCUGGCCUGGGGCAAGUGUAAGCGGAUCACCCUCAAGUCCAGACACCCGCCGCUCAAAAUCAAGGACCCCUCCCCGGGGCCGGCGCGGUACGCCCUCAACCGAGACAUCUGCACCGGCCCAAAGUUCACGGCGAUGCUGCGGCCGGCAAACCCUAACCGGAUAACCGGUCUAAUGAGUAAACUCGUCUUCAUUCCCGAUCCUACUAAUCCUGGGCCGGACUACUGCCCGCCAAGUGAAGAUUGGUUGAAGAAACCCAGAACCAUGGGGAUUAAACCUAAAGACUUGUCUGCCAAGAAAAAAGCACCUGGCCCACAGACCUACAAGGUGCCUCCCAUAGUCUCUGGACCCAAAUGGCGCAUUGGAAUUCCAAUCAAGAAAAUCCAAAAGACAGCCGACACCCCCGGGCCGGGCGACUACAACCACAAGUCAUCCAUCGGUCAAGCCCCUAAGUAUCCCUUUGGCACAGCUUUACCCACAGUCGUCAAUAAAUUUGUGACGCCCGGGCCCGACAUGUACAACAGGGCGGGGUUCAAGCUGGAUGAGCCAGGGUACACCAUGAAGUACAGGUGGUUCGAUACAAAUAGUAAACCCCACCCAGGCCCCGCGACCUAUAAAUGUAACGAGAAAUGGGUGAAGAAACGAAACCCCGCCUACACCAUCCAAGACAGGACAGCGCCAACCUACCCCAGUUCCCUCUACGCUCUCACACUGAAUGACGGUCCGGGUCCCGCCUAUAACCCACGUGUCAACGCCCUUUGCUGUGAGCACUCCAUGGGGCCGUCAGUGAGCAGUCGACACACGCCCGCCAAAUACCUCGGCAUGAAGAACAACGCCGUUAUUCCCAAUCCUCCAAAAGGGUUCCCUGCGGCACCUCUAUUAGGAUGA